AUGGUGAGAUUUGACACAAAACACAUAAGCAAUCCAUGGAUGCAUGGAAGUUUAGAGGGGACAGUGAGAUUUGACACAAAGCACAUUAGCAAAACAAUCGAUAAGCUUUCCCACCACAGUGGUGGUGGACUCCCCCUUCUCCCUGCGGUGCUCAUGGCACGCAGGAUUGAACCUAGUGGUUUUCUUUUCUCCAAUUUAUUGGAGUUCAUAAACAGUAGGAUUGCAAUACCUUCCACACUAAUGGGGACUAGGGAAAGCAGUGAACCUUCAACUCAGGGUGCGCCUUUUGAAAUUCAGAAGAAAGAGGAAACGUUUUUUGAUGAGUACACAGAAUCAUUGACAAUAUACGAGGAAGGCUCAGUAGGUACGGAGUUUGUAGGUAAUGGAUUGGCGGAAAGUGAGAAGACAAUUUCUUUUUCUGGAAAUAAUGGUGAUGGUGCUUCACAAAGUGCUGCAAGCAGAGGUGAGGACUCAUCAGAUGAGAGUGGUGACGCUAAUCGAGAUUUUUCAGCAACUCAAAAUCAAAUGCUUGACCUGAUGCAUCAAGAUGGGGAUGCUGAGAAUAAUUCUACAGACCAGUAUGGUGGUACAAAUACAGAUUUGGCAUUUCAGGAUUUUGGGGUAAACGUGCCUGAGACCCAUUUGGAUUUGGGAAUGGGCCUCAAUGUCUCCAGCAGUCAAGCCAUACGUACCAAGGAAGAUUAUGAACAGAGAAUAGAAAAGAGAAAGCAGUCUAAUAGGGAGUCAGCUAAGAGGUCAAGAUUACGCAGACAGGAAUGUGAGAAACUACGAGCAACUGCGGAGACACUGCAGAGUGAAAUUUCCGAGAUCCCACAAAAGUUAUGGAGGCAUUCUGAGAAAUGUGAGGAACUCAAUGAAGAAAACAAUGACAUAAUUGAUGAACUAGAGAAGACAUAUGGUCCAGAUGCCGUUUCUGAUCUCAAAGCUGCGAAAGUUGAGUCUUUUGAUGGCAAAAGCAACAGCCCUGAACCUUUUGAUGGCGAAAGCAACAGCGCUGAACCGAAAAUUCCAAGCAGAGACAACUCAAGUCCUGAUCCUCUAAUGCUUAGUUUGGGGCUAUAA